CUCUCACCUUCCGGCCCCCUCUUUGGCGCAAGGCGGCCCGGCCCAGAUGUUCGCCCAAUGGCCUUGGCGCCGGGAACGCCUCCGGUGGCGCCUCCGGUGCCUCGGGUGCCGCCGGCGCUCGCCUGCGAGGACUGGCCGCGCUGGCGGCGCUUCCGGCAGCGCUUCGCGCGCUGGGCGCGGCCGAGCCGUCGCGGCGAGCGGCCGUUGGGGCGGCCCGGUGGACGCCUGGUGGCGGAGGCGAAGGACUUGGUGAGGAAUGCAAGUGAAGGGGAGUUUACGAGGUCCUGGCUGAAGCUGCUGAGGCACCUGAGCGGGUCCUCUGAAAUGCCUGAAGACACCUGCCUCUUCGGGGAGGUGGCCGCGCAGCAGGUGCUGCUGCUGAGCACGGAAGCUUUGCUGUGGCAGGCGCAGGUGGCCUUGCAGACAAAAGACCUCAGGUAUGUGAUGCACGACAGUGGGUGGCCGGUCUUCUCGCCCUUGGAUUUGAGCUUGGAGGUGAGGGCAGGGGACCUGGGAAUGACAUUCUGGAGCAGUCUUGCUUGGUCUUUGGACCAAUUCCAUACUCUGUCUGCCAUCUGGGGCCACCUCUACGGUGGAUGCUUGGAUGAUCGAUGCCAACACCGAAGAUUCACAAAUCUGGAUUCUCCGCACCGGCCCCGUGGUGCCCACCGUCAGGAGCCGCGCCCCGUGGUGCCCCGCCACCCUUCGGCCUUCGGCACCUUCGGCAGGGACCUCGGGCGUCCACCACUUCCGGGUGGCGUGGCACCGAGUUCGGUGCAGAUUGUGUUGGUGGGAAGCCACAGCAGCCAGUUGCGGCAGACCGGGCAGAUGAUCCAGGAGAUCGCUGACUCAAGAGCUUUGCAGGUCCAUUUGAACUACGCUGGGUGUGUCUAUGUUCCCUAUGCCUGUGUGAAGUUGGGCAGUGACAUGUCCUCGCUCCUCUACCACAGCCUGGCGCGUGGGGACGCGGACCCUACGGCGAUCCGGGAGGGCUUGGAGGCAGCGAAGAUCGGCAGCUAUGGCCUAGCAGUUGUGCUGGACAUGGGCCUAAGCUCUCUCUUGCGAAGCAUCUCUCAAGUGCCGAUCCUGCACGUCAUCGGGAUCUACCCCUUGACGCUGAAUGAUGAGCUGGGACGAGCGAUCCCCGAGGAGCUCCGGCAAAGCCUGGAGGAUUCCAGCAUCUACUCCUUGGCCACCUCCACGGUCUGCGCGCUGCAGCUCUGGUGGAUCUCCGGACGGCGGCUCCCGGUCAUAACGCCCUUGCCGGAGGUCAAGCCGAUCUACCAAGGGGGCCAAGGCGAAGUGAAGAGGCGCAGAAUUUUACAGUGGCGGGGCGAUGUGCUGUGGAACACCGUGGCUGGAAGCGUGUUCUGGGUGUGGGUGCAAAUGCUGCUCCACCUGAACUCCGGCAUUGACAUUGUCCGCAUCACGCAUGGCGUGGGCACCCACAUGAGCUGGAAGGAGGUGGGCCGCCACGAUGCCGUGCUGUUUGUGCCCGAGGACCUCACGAAGAUCGGCUUCUGGGACCUUUAUGCAUCUGCCAUGCCCCUGUUCAUCACCGAUGAAAGCUUGACGGCCAGCCUCCUGUGCCCGGAGCCCAUGUCUCGGGUGAAGAUGCACUACUUCGAUACGCACUGGCGGCUGCCCUUCUUUGAGACAGGCGCCUUCGAAGCCUUGGAGCCCUUCGACCUCGAGCGCAGCUGCGAGAGGAAGUUGGAGUUCUGGGGCUCUUAUGCGGAUUUUUAUCACUUUCCGCAUGUGAUGAUCUUUGCGUCGGGCAUCGAUCUGGUGCUGCAAGUGCUCUCCGCCGAUCUGCUCGCCGUCUCCCAGGCCAUGGCGCACUGGGCGCUCCUGGCACGUCAGCGGAGCAUGCGGCACUUUCACCAUGCGUUGGCUCAGGUCUACCCAAUCUUCAACCAGAGCACAUCAGCUUGAUGUCGCAUGCCGCAUACUGGCGCGAAGUACCCUGCUGGGUCAUUGCACCCUGCGCGGAGUUGUUUGUGCAGCGAAGCGACGAACGGAAUGGACAUCUGUGUGGGACAACGGCUGACGACACGACCGGAGAUGUCUCGGAUCACGACCGGGCUGGGCAGAUG